AUGUCUCCUCAAAAUUCUUACAUGGGACUGCGCGGCAGAGCCCUGAGAAUUGCUCAGAUUGCUUUUAUCGUCGGACCAGGCUUCACAUUGUUUGGUUACAACCAAGCUGGUCUUGGACCCUUAGCGACACUUCAUAGUUGGGCACAUCAAUUCCCAUCACUGGACACAGUCAACACGACCGGUCCACUCAAAUCACACAACUCAAUCAACAGCGGUGCUGUCAUUGCGUCUUUUCAAAUUGGAUCUUUGAUGGGUGCCUUAUCAUGCAUAUUCUUAGGAGAUCUUCUAGGUAGACGGAGGACUAUCUUUCUCGCUGCUUUUUUGACUCUCAUUGGCCAAGUUCUCCAAGUCUCGGCUUAUAACUUAAUUCAAUUCGUUAUCGGCCGAUUGGUUUUAGGCUUGGGAGUUGGAGAGAUUAGUGUUAUGAUACCGGUUUGGCUAGCCGAAUGUUCACCCGCAGCUCACAGAGGGCAAGACGUUGUCACCGCAGGUAUAUUCUUGUGUUUCGGCUACUCUGUGUGUAACUGGAUAGAUUUCGCAUUUUACCACCUUCCAAGCACGAAUUUACAGUGGAGAUUACCUUUAGCAAUCAUAUCUCUACCACUUUCACUCGUUAUGAUGGCCAUAGUCUUUCUUCUUCCCGAAUCUCCUAGAUGGUUAGUUAGUGUAGGGAAAACAGCCGAGGCUACUAAGAAUCUAUCAGUGAUCAAAGAUCUCUCAGUUGAAGAUGAUCGCAUUCGCUUCGAAAUUGCCCAGAUCGAGUCAUCGCUUGAAUUUACGACGGAAAAUAGUACAUCACUCUUGCAGCUUUUCUCCAAGGACGACAAGGAGAGGUUGCUUUACCGAUUCGUGCUAUGCAUAUUCCUACAAUUCGUUCAGCAGAUGUGUGGAGGUAAUCUCAUUUCGGUCUACGCAUCAACCAUCUUCCAGCAAAAUCUCAACUUGGAAGUCAGCUUGGCCAAGAUCCUCGCCGCUUGUGCCCUUACCUGGAAAUUCCUUUGUUGCUUCAUCGCUUUCGUCGCCAUUGAUCGAUGGGGACGUCGUGCGGUAUUCAUCAUUAGUGGCGCCGGCAUGUCAAUGUGUAUGCUCUCCUUGGCUGUGAGCACUAGUUUCCCCUCCUCAAACAAGAGCGCCGCUAUUGCUUCUGCAUUCUUCAUCUUCCUAUUCAACUUCUUCUAUCCGAUCGGAUUCCUGGGUGCCAAUUUCCUAUAUUGCAGCGAGAUUGCUCCAGUCCGACUUCGCGUGGCAAUGAAUUCAGUCUCAACUGCCAAUCAUUGGUUAUGGAACUUCGUUGUGGUUAUGGUAACACCGGUCGCCCUCGAUACCAUCGGAUAUCGCUACUAUAUCAUGUAUACGAUUAUCUCGGCGCUUAUUCCCAUCUCGGUGUAUUUCUUCUACCCGGAGACGAUGAAUCAGAAUUUAGAAACUCUCAAUAAUUUGUUCAGAGAUGCACCUUCGACCCUCAAGGUUGUAUCAUUAUCACUUAAGCUGCCACGUGGUGAAUUGGAUGAAGAACCAUCGGGUAAGGCAGAGUAUGGUGGAGGGGUGGAGCAAGUUGAAAAGGUAUAA